UUGCAUUAACUUAAGAUGGUUAUACAAAAAUGAGACAAACUUUUAAAUUUCAUCGUUUUCCAAGACAACCUAUUUCUUUGAUGUCAGUGCGAUGUCGUUACAAUCCUCUCAGAAACGACUCACCCCGGUCAAUCUCGGCGAAAGAACGUUGCUCAGUGCGUGUACCGAAUUUAAAAAUGUAUUGAAAAUAAAUGUUAUUUCUCCACCGAAGAAGAAAUGUUAUUCCUCGUUUUACUGGUGUAAUGAAAGCGAGAGGCACCGUGACUGUAUAAUUUGGGAGGGAGUUGUCAGGGCAAGAAUCCAUUGGCAUGAAUUUAAAACUAUACAAUGAACGGGGGCACAAUUGUUAUUUUUUUUUCUUUCAGCUAGAGAGGGUUGCUUAAAAGGGGGGCAGUAUUUCCCAGUUUCGCUUCUGCAGAGCACACAGUCUGUGUUGUUUUAGUAGCGAGGCAAGCGAGCGGGCGCGCGCUGUUGAUGGGGUACUUGAGCUGCAGAUUUGCUCAGCACGCUCACGGAACUUGUCUAUCUGCGCGACAACGUGUUUGGCUGAGUGGUGGCUAAUGGCUGCCAUAGAAAGUGAGAAAGACAACAACAAAUGAAUCCUUGAGAGAAGACGAAAACAGUGAGGAAGAGGAUGGUGAGCAGCCAGCCGAAGUAUGAGCUGAUCCAGGAGGUGGGGCGUGGCAGCUACGGUGUGGUGUACGAGGCGGUGGUGAAACGCACUGGAGCCCGGAUGGCCGUGAAGAAGAUCCGCUGCCACAGCCCAGAGAAUGUAGAGUUGGCCCUCAGGGAAUUCUGGGCCCUGAGUAGUAUCCAGAGCCAGCACCCCAAUGUCAUCCACCUGGAGGAGUGUGUCCUGCAGAGGGAUGACCUGGCUCAGAGGAUGAGCCACGGGUCCAGCUCCCCACUAUACCUAGAGCUGGUGGAGACAUCUCUGAAGGGAGAGAUAACCUUUGACCCAUGCUGUGCCUACUACCUGUGGUUUGUCAUGGACUUCUGUGACGGAGGAGACAUGAAUGCUUAUCUGUUGUCCCGUAAACCCAGCCGCAAGACCAACACCAGCUUCAUGCUGCAGUUAGGAAGCGCCCUGGCCUUCCUCCACCGAAACCAGAUCAUCCACCGGGACCUGAAGCCUGACAACAUCCUCAUCUCCCAGGGAAGGACCUUGGCGGGAACCCCCGAGCCUACCCUGAAGGUUGCCGACUUUGGCCUAUCCAAGGUCUGCUCCACGUCGGGCCUUAACCCUGAGGAACCAGCAUCUGUCAACAAGUGUUUCCUUUCCAUGGCGUGUGGUACAGACUUCUACAUGGCUCCAGAGGUGUGGGAGGGCCACUACACGGCUAAAGCAGACAUCUUUGCCCUGGGCAUCAUCAUCUGGGCCAUGGUGGAGCGCAUCACGUUCGUGGAUGUGGAGACCCAGAAAGAGCUCCUGGGAAGCUACGUGCAGCAGGGGGAGGAGAUCGUGCCCCUCGGGGAGGCGCUCCUGGAGAACCCCAAGAUGGAGCUGCUGAUCCCGGCCAGGAUGAAGAGCAUGAACGCCGGCAUGAAACAGCUUAUCAGGGAGAUGCUGUCGUUCAACCCUCAGGAGAGGCCUGACGCCUUUGAACUGGAGCUCCGACUGGUCCGGAUCGCCUGCAGAGAGCUCGACUGGGACACGUGAUAAUGAGGGUGGAUAGGAGGGGAGAGGACCAUGGGACUUGUAGUCACAAUGUCAAGCACAUGUAUCUAGGCCUAAUUCACCACUGUUAGGUCUUGUGGCGGAGGCCACACUAUUUUCUUCUCUCUUUUUUAGUUUUUUGUUCAAGGGAACAAUUCAAAGUUUGCAAAGAUUUUGGCUUUGCAGUUGGAUAUUGGAUCGGAAGUACUGGUAAACCUAGCUCAACAGGUUGACAGCCAGUCUGUAAAAAUGGUUGUUUUGAAUGUUAACAUGGCAAGGCUGUCCAUAAGCACAUUUGGCUGUCUGUCUUGCAGAAGAAGAGUUGCUAGCUACCCCACUGCUACUGGUUUAGGCUAACCUGUUAGAAGUUGACUCUGUAGUUUGCCUACAAAUGCCACCCCAGACUCUGUGGUAAUAUUCAUACUAAAGUUAUGAUACAGGGAGACUGCAUCCUGUUAUAAUAUGGAUGCAAUUAGACACAAAGUUCCACACCUCAGUGAUCGUAAACUGUGCACGGCUGGUUUUACCAGAAUUCUGUGACCACACCCUGCUCUUCCCUUUCAACAGACAUGCACACUUCCCACUGCUCAGGUAAAAACAAAGAUAUACUGUUUGUUGGGAUUUGUAGACAAACGGCUCUUUUUGAAGCGAGAGCAACAUGACAUCAGAGGCCUGUGUGUUCUGAGCUGGCCCUGAGCCAACUAUGGGAAUUAGGCUAGUGGGAACUGACAGUCUUGGUGCAGACCUAACCUAGCAAUUCCCAGCCCAGUGCAGACCUAACCUAGCAAUUCCCAGCCCAGUGCAGACCUAACCUAGCAAUUCCCAGCCCAGUGCAGACCUAACCUAGCAAUUCCCAGCCCAGUGCAGACCUAACCUAGCAAUUCCCAGCCCAGUGCAGACCUAACCUAGCAAUUCCCAGCCCAGUGCAGACCUAACCUAGCAAUUCCCAGCCCAGUGGAGACCUAACCUAGCAAUUCCCAGCCAGCCAGUGUCAUGAUUGGCCCGGAAUGAAAAUAAUUUGAGGAAUGGAGUGUUUGGAAUGUAAUUUAAAUUAAUUCAUAACUUAAAGGCCAGAGACAACAAGCUGCUUAUUCUAAAUGCAUAAAGGAAUGUGUUCCUGCCCCAAACAACAUCAAUAUAUUUGGCUGAAGAGUCAGUGUUCUGCUUGUAUUAAUAUAAUAUAGAGCUUGAAUUCUCACAAUUGAAGAUCAGUUUAGUUCUGAAUUAAACCUGUGUGAACGGUAUGGUUAGGGGUUCUACUUCAGUGGCAAUCAGUUGAUGACAAAUGCACUUUUAUUUUGUUUUCCUUUAUCUUAACUUACCCUGCUAUCUAUCACCUUGAGAAGGCUGGAUAUGGUGUGACGACACCAAACAGUGUUUACUAGGGGCCAUGGAGGAUGUAUUGUCAAACAGCAAACAAAAAGUCUACUUAUGCAUGCAAUGCCUCGCUCCUUCAGAGAGGAAGAGAGAGCGAGGGGAGACACCAGCACAGCACACCUCCCUGAGCCCAGAGGCGCAAUAGUUUGACACACAAUACCAUUUGUUUAACCUUCUCUCAUAUAUAAUAAAAUAAUUGGGGGCAACUACUGACUGUAGUUGCCCUCUUUUUUAAUCUCUCACACACACCUCAGUUUACCCUGGCUCAUACCGGUAAUCCCUUUCUCCAUGCUUCCUUCCGACAGACCCAUACUAAGCCUAUUUAGGCUUUUGGUAUAGUUAACAGACGUACAGGAAGGCUCAUCUCGGGACUCCGGCCUAUCGCCUUGCAAGUCCAAACUUUCUGCACUUCUAACAGUUGUGGGAACAUAUCAAUAUCAUCAAAUGUUCAUCUGAAAAUGUAGUUUGAGUGUCAUUCUAAAACAGUGGCAGAAGUUGUAAAAUGUGUUUCGUAAGACCUGGCUGUCGCCUGCAUUACUGCCUUUUUAAAAUGUCUUCCAUUGCCAAAAUACUCUCGUCUUUCAUGAUGUUAACAUACUUUAUGCUUUAUUUGAAUAUCAAAACACACUAGCACAUAUAGCACUAUAUUGUUUGAUUUUGUGUCGGCCAGGCACAUUUUUGUUCAGAAUUUUGGCUUUGAGGUUCUUAUCUCAGCUAUUUUACGCCCAUAAUGUUAGCACGGAUUGUCCUUUUAGAUCCAUAUUUUAUUAAAGGGGCAAUCAGUAGUUGCUACAUCCAUUUUUGGACUUAUCAUUCAUUUAUAAGUAGCCAUUGAUUCAUGAAGAAUAUAAAUUGAUGCCUCAUGAGUUUAAACUGUUGUACCCCAUUAGAACCCAAAAUAUACACUGUGUACAAAACAUUAGGAACACUUUCCUAAUAUUGAGUUGCACCGUCUUUUGCCCUCACAACAGCCUCAGUUCAUUGUGGCAUGGACUCUAUAAGGUGUCAAGCAUUCCACAGGGAUGCUGGCCCAUUUUGACUCAUGCUUCCACAGUUGUCAAGUAGGCUGGAUGUCUUUUGGCUUGUGGACCAUUUUUGAUACAUGGGAAACUGUUGAGCGGCGAAAAACCCAGCAGCAUUGCAGUUCUUGACAUUCUCCAACUGGUGCACCUACUACCGUGCCCCGUUCAAAGGCACUUAAAUCUUUUGUCUUGCCCGUUCACUCUCUGAAUGUCACACAAUCCAUAUCUCAAUUGUCUCGUGGCUUAAAAAUUCUUUAAUCUGUCUCCUCCCCUUCAGCUACACUGAUUUUGAAGUGGAUUUAACAUGUGACAUCAAUAAGGGAUCAUAGCUUUCACCUGGUCAGUCUGUAAUGGAAAGCGCAGGUGCUCCUAAUGUUUUGUGCACUCUGACUAUAUACUGUAUAUGAGUUACUACAGAGGUUAAAGGAGGAGGCUCAUGGAAGUGACUGGAUUACUACGCUCUGUUUUCAAGGGCCUUGACAGCGAGUUGUAUAUUUGCUGUGAUGGGUUUCUUCUGUCAUUGAUACAGAAGUGUGUUUAUAAUUACAGUUGGAUACUGUAUUGAUGUGGUGGUAAUUAUGUCUUCAUUGGCUGAAAGUUGGUUUGUGUAACAAGAUUGGGUACACACAACUGGGGUCAACAACUCAAAAACGUCUGCUGCUUCUGAUGAGCUUGAUAUGGGGAAAGAGCGAAGAGCUUGUUGCCUGAAAUAUAAUCCUACCAGACUCCUCAGAUGUGUCACCUUUGGUGAAACUGCGUCCCAAAUGGCACCCUAUUGCCUAAGUGCACUACUUUUGACCAAAGGCCCUGGUCUAACAGUACUAUAUAUAUGGAAAAGGGUGGAUUUGGGACACACAAUCAUAAGUGCCCUAUUUAGAACAGGACCCAUUACAAAGAGAAACCUCAUCAGUUGAAAAGAAACAUCAAGCACCAGUGUACAUUACAACCGGGGGGUUGGGGGGGGGGGCUCAAACUUUUCUAUGAACAGUAUUUCCUUUGUAUUUCAUUGUAAGAUAUUUUUGAAGAGAUGAAAUGAGAUGUAUCAAUACAUGCUGUAAUAAGUCAUUCAUUGUUGAAUUAUAAAUAAAACCAACAAAAAUAAA